CUUUUUUCACUACCUGGAAGCCAUGCGAAGCCGGGUAUACAUUUAGCGUGGCUCAUUAUGAUGGGGCUUUCGGCCAAAAUCCGCCUUUCCCCUAUUGGAUUUAUCGUGGUUGGACUUUGUGGUUUGGCUCUAGUCUAUUAUUUGACUACGGACGGGAAUGAAACAGGCCAUAGCGGCGAAUCGGUGUCCAUAAAACAGCUUUUAGCCGCAUCGAUACAACUUGCCGAAGAUGGAGGAAUCGCUGUUCGAACUGUUCGCGAACAAAACAAUCUUUCGGAAAAAAGUAAGGGAAAAACAAAGGAGGGUGUGAAUGACCCUGUCACUCAGGGAGACCUCCAGUCUCACAGAGCCAUGUUUUAUGGCUUCAGAAAAGCCUUUCCCUCCGUGAAAGUUGUAUCUGAAGAACAUGAGGCUUCAGCUGCUCCAGAAGACACCACAUCCCCAAAGCUUUCCUCGGCCACAAUAUUACUAAACAAUGAACUUCAAAAUAUUGAAGAUGAGUAUGUCCCAGUGAGUAAUGUCUUGGUGUGGAUUGACCCACUUGAUGCAACUAAAGAAUACACUGAAAAUCUUCUUCACUUUGUUACCACAAUGGUCUGUAUAGUUGUUAAUGGCAAGCCAGUGGCUGGUGUUAUACACAAGCCCUUUCAAAAGAAAUCUUUCUGGGCCUGGAAUGGUCAUGGUAGCUCUUCAAACCUGAACUCUAAAGAGUCUGUUACAAAGUCUGACAUGAGCUCACCAAGGAUAAUAAUAUCCAGAUCUCAUGCAGGAAAGGUGAAUGCUACGGCUAGGAAAGCAUUUGGUGGAAAGGCCGUUGUUAUCCCUGCAGGAGGUGCAGGGUACAAGGUGCUCUCUCUGUUUGACGGCAGUGCAGAUGCAUAUGUCCAUGUGACUAAGAUCAAGAAGUGGGAUAUAUGUGCUGGAGAUGCGAUCUUGAGGGCUCUAGGUGGUAGAAUGACAACACUUAAAGGAGACGAUAUAAUAUAUACAGACCCUUCAAAGCCUGCAAAUGACCAAGGGUUAUUGGCCGCAUUACGAAAUCACAAAGAAUUUAGAAGAAUGUUGAAACUGUAGCAUGCAUUAAGGUUAGGGUUAGGUUAAAGUUUAACUACACAAAAAUUCAAUAUUUGUUAACUUAACAGUUUUCCUUAAUUCUAGUAUAAUUUUCAAAUCUCAAUUCAUGGCAUCAAACUACCAUGCAAAAAAAGAUUCACUACAAGUACAAGUUGUUUUGCAACUUUACAGACAUUAUAAGAAUUUGCAAGUUCUUGAUAGGAGAACAGGUAAAAGCAAAAUAAUGAGCAAUGCUAAACAAUUUUUUAUGUUUUUUUGGAUGGUAGUAUAUUUGAAUUGGAAAUACAUAAUAAAUGUUUUGAUACGUUAUAGAAUAAGGUAUCAUAGUGGAUUUCUAGGUUUUAUAAUAAUGUGAUAAUUAAUCACUGUAGUUGUUAUAAUCAAACAUAUAUUACAAUAUCAGGUACUGUAGCAAUAAAGACACAAAACACUGUUGGGGGGGGGUGGCCAUCUCUUUAGGCAAAAUU